GGUUGUCACUUGUCAUACGCGUCGGGGAUGUGUCAGUGAGCGAUCGUUUUGCUACGUGAUGUAAAACAUUUGUUUCGUAAAUGUGGUGUGUUUGUGUAAUAAUGAGAAAACAUAUGUUAGACUAUAUAAUUAUAAAGUGAUAAACGUGUUUUAAGUUCAGUGUUUUGUUAAAAAGUUACUUUAUUUUGUAUGUCAUCGAGCUCUUCAAUAUGGCGGCUCCCCGUCACAAAUCACAACAGAAAAAUAUAUCUUCGAUAUUUUCUAAGUUACAUGGUGCUUUCUCUGAUGCUAUGUGUCAAACAAAGCUGACGACAGACAAACGGACUCUAGACAAAACUUGGAAGUUGAUGGACAAAGUGGUAAAACUAUGCCAGCAUCACAAAAUGAAUUUAAAAAAUAGUCCGCCGUUUAUUCUCGAUAUUUUACCUGACACAUAUCAGAGGUUGCGUAUUAUUUACUCCAAUUACGAAAACAACAUGCAGGAGUUGAAUAGCAACGAACAUUUUAAUAUAUUUAUAAUAAAUUUAAUAAGAAAAUGUAAGCAAGCUAUAAAAUUGUUCAAGGAGGGCAAGGAAAAGAUGUUCGACGAAAACUCACAUUUCAGACGUAAUUUGACAAAGUUGAGCCUUGUUUUUAGUCACAUGUUGAGCGAGUUGAAAGCUAUGUUCCCGAACGGUACCUUCGCUGGCGACCAGUUCCGUAUAACGAAAAGCGAUGCCGCCGAAUUCUGGAGAGCGAAUUUCGGUAACAGUACCCUUGUACCGUGGAAGCUGUUCCGCGAGGAGUUGAACAAUGUCCAUCCGUUAUCAUCAGGCUUGGAGACGAUGGCGUUGAAAACAACCAUCGAUCUCACGUGCAACGAUUUUAUAUCCAACUUCGAAUUUGACGUGUUCACGAGAUUAUUCCAGCCAUGGAGCACACUUCUUCGUAAUUGGCAGCUAUUAGCGGUCACCCAUCCUGGUUAUGUCGCGUUCCUAACGUACGACGAAGUCAAAGCUAGACUGCAGAAAUACAUACAUAAAGCCGGCAGCUACGUCUUUAGAUUAUCUUGUACGAGAUUGGGUCAAUGGGCCAUAGGUUAUGUGACCGUUGAUGGUGAGAUCUUGCAGACCAUACCACAGAACAAGAGUCUGGUUCAGGCUUUACUGGACGGUUAUAGAGAAGGAUUUUACUUAUAUCCCGACGGCCGUGACGCGAACCCAGAUCUCAGUAGUGCUAUAAUAUCACCGGCUGAGGAUCACAUAACAGUGACACAGGAGCAAUAUGAACUCUAUUGUGAAAUGGGCAGUACAUUUCAACUGUGCAAGAUAUGUGCGGAAAACGACAAGGACAUUAGAAUAGAACCAUGCGGACAUCUAUUGUGUACACCAUGCCUUACAGCCUGGCAGAUUGAUUCCGAGGGCCAGGGUUGUCCUUUCUGUAGGGCUGAAAUCAAAGGAACAGAGCAAGUGGUGGUGGACGCGUUUGUACCACCACGACCACCAAAUGAAUCCAAAAUACCAAACACUAAGACGGUUGUGAAGCCUGUGUCGUCUAAUUCAUCCGGUUCUUCCGGUUCAUCCGGUUGUAAUGGGUCGGAGGUGACGUCAUCAAGUCAUUCCAACGGAUGGUCAAGGAAUACUUUCAACGGCCUGACGGAUGACAUAGAUGAUUCUGAGGAUUGGGCUGAGUUCAACGCUGCUACAUCAACAAUCGAUGCCCUUCGACCGGGGGCCCGUUCAGCGGGGGCCUCGCCCCGCCACUCACCGCGGGCACCUCGCAAGGCCCCCAGUGCGGAAAACGCCUAUGGAGAAUUGGCGCCCCCUUUACCGCCACGGAAAAGCCUCUCGCCCGCAGAAAGUAUUGCCGCUUCAAGUGUUCAAGAUAUAGCCUCGGCUAGUAUUAUGGAACCACGUCGUCGUUCAUCGCUUGAACCGGAACCGGAUUCACGUCACCAUCUCACGUCUGUCAUCACCGGCUCCACCGAAACUAUCACCGGCCUGAUCGACACCAGACACGAGGUGCCACCAGAUCCAAGGGCGUUUGAGAAACCCAGAAGAGCUUGCACUCCACAAUCAAACAGUCGUCCUCUCCCCGCACCACCUCCUGACAGACAAACAGACAGAGUUCACGACAGACUGGACAAAGACAAACACGAAAGAACUGAAAUAGUGGACAGAAACGAACGAUCCAACUCCGAGAACAGAUUACUGGAUCGAUAUCCAGACAGAUACGUCCACGAUAGGCAUAUAGACUUCAGGAAUCCACCAGAAAGACCUGACAGGCCUGACAGACAGGAUCGCAUGCAGAAUUCUGAUAGAUCCAGCUUUGAUAGAGAGACUAGAUUGGAUAAGGCACCGCCAAGACAGAGGUCCUUGCCGUCUACAACGAGUGGUAGCAUAGACCAGCCCACCAAAUCCACAACAAUGCCAAAAUUUCCACCUGAAGACGUAAAGAAUCCACCGUACGAGAAUGUUGCAGUGGAAAACGAAUUAGCGGUUGCACCGAAAAAAAUUAACCCCCUAACCCACGACAAGCACGGAAGAAAAUAUCUGGACAAUGUUUCCUAUGAGAACAUUAAUCUGGACUACAUAGCUCGUCUGGUGGGUGAAGGAUACCCCAAGGACAUAGUGGUCAGGGCGCUAGGAAUCACCAGGAACGAUCUGGAGAUGGCCUGCGACAUACUCCACGAGUUCGGUUCGAAAACCCAACACAAGAUAUAAAAAUCCGCGGGUAGUUUUAUAUUCUAUAUAAAAAAAAAAAUUAGUAAAAUUUUUUUGACAAUCGAAUCUUUUGUAAAUAUUUUUUUUUCACGUCGACGAUAAACGUAUAGUAUUAUAGUUUAAUAACGAGCUAUAUAUUUAUUCGCUAUGUAAUAAUUUCCAGUGCUCUCAGUAUUUUUGUAAUGUAAAUAUAUAUAUGAUAUGUAUCGUCAUAAUUAUUUCAUAUUAUAUAAUAUGUCAAAUAUAUUUUUUCUAUGCCGAUUAAUCUCGACAAUGACUUAUGAUACGCAAUACUAAAUUUAAUUAAUUGUAUAUAGAACUGGUAAUUUACUGAGCUUAGGUCUUUGUAUUUGAUCUUUUCAUGAUAUUUUUCUAAUGGAUUUGUUAAAUAUUGCGUGAAUGUUUGACUGAUGGAUAGAUUUUAAUACGGCUAGUCUUAAUUUCGCUUUAUGAUUUGUUAUAAAUAUAACAAUAACUAAUACUAGAUGAGGACAUAUCCACCAGCUAUGCGAUUGUCGUUCGGAAGUUUUGAAACAAAAUGACGGGCGACAAUUGUGAGGGGAUUUAAGAUAAGUGCACACUGUAGACGGUGAAAGGAAUGAGUGAAGUUUUCCAACUAGAUUAAAAUUCUGCCCUAACACAUUCGGUAUAUUUUUUGUUUCUUUUCUUAUAAAUUAUAAGAUAUUAACGGUUAUAAAAUUCAAAAAAAAAAAUUUUUAGAAUUUUUCGAUUAUUAAAUUAUAUUAAAUUAUUAAUAAUAAUAAUAAUUAAAAAAAGAUAUUCCUAAAGUGCUGUUCUACUUCGUGAUCUAAAUAACAAGAACUAGUGACGCUUUAGAACUUCCAAAACUCAUUCAACCUUGAAGCUCUGUUUGAGUAAAAAAAUACUGAAUAUCAUAAUUAAAAUAUAAAUUAUAUUACAUAUAUGCGUAACAGACAAUUUCAAUAUGUUAUUUUUUUUCGUCACAUAUUUAUCACUUUCAACUUAAUAAUAUAUAAACUGUAAUUUAUUAUAAUAUUUUAUCAUAUAGCAACAAUGUUUAUUGACUUUUCUGUAUAUGGCAACAACGGUGGAUCAUGUAAUUACGUCAUUCUAUAGCUGAGACACUUUAUUUCCUUUGGCUUAAAUAAUCGGGAGGCUAGACUUGUUUUACGCUUUAAAGAUAUGUUUCAAAAUAUAUUUAAGUAAAUCGAUAA